GGUUGACAUUGCUCCAUUUGGCUUGAAGGUGGCAGACAAUGAUCUCCCUCAUUCUGUGUAUCUUAGCAAAACAAGUCGUGUAACUGCAAAGAAUAUCCACAAUUUCUACAACAUAAUCUGAUCUGUUCCAUUUUCUUCUGCAAAGAAUAUCCACAAUUUUCUACAACAUAAUCUGAUCUGUUCCAUUUUCUUGCUUUCUUUUUUAGAUUCUGCACAACACUCUGCUUUUUAUGUUCUAUUCUCUCAUAUUGACGCACUUGAAUCUUGGGUUCUGUUUCCACUAGUUGAAGGAUCAAUACCAUAGUCUUGUCUUCAUCAUUGUUUUUGUCCUCUAGCUUCUGAGAUGAGCUGUUUCUUGUGGUGCUUGGCUCCUAAUAGUUCUUGUUUCAUAUAAAGAAAGAAAAUAUGGAUGAUGGUGAGUUGGAGACUUUAGACCAUGAUGUAUUUCCAAAACCCAAUUCCUUUGGUAAUUUCCAAACUUCAACUUCUGUAGAUACAUUUCGGACAUGCCUUCACACUCACACAUGCAACCAACCUGGCCCUGAUGCUGCACAUACACACACUUGCUAUCACACACACACCCAAGUUCUUCCGUCGGAGGAAAAUGAUGGUGCUAAGAGUAAAGAGCAUUCAGUAUUGAAACCAAGAAGAAGGAGACCUUCAGGAAAUAGAGAAGCAGUUAGGAAGUACAGAGAAAAAAAGAAGGCACACACAGCUUAUUUAGAACAGGAAGUCAAGAAAUUGCAAGUGUUGAACCAGCAACUUGUUAGGAAACUACAGGGGAAGGCAAGUCUUGAAGCAGAGUUUUUAAGGCUUAGAAACCUUUUGCUGGACUUUAGAGGAAAAGUUGAUAGUGAGUUGGGUGCUUUUCCAUUCCAAAAACAGAGUUAUAAAACUGGUGCUGUUUUCAAGGAAGGAGAUUGUGAACUGCAAUCUACUGUUGGGGAAACUGGCCUUCGUUGUCAAACUGAUUUACCAUGCCACUGUCCACCUGGUGUUGGAUUAUCGUUGCAGGCCAGAACUGAUGCGAAUGGGGAAACAAUGGUGUCAUUUGGAGGAAAUUGUCAGCCCCCGGUAAUUGAUUGCCGAGAAAAUCCAAAUGGGAUGGCAAGUGCUGAAGUAGAAAAUCCGCACAUAGCAGAAACCUUGGCAUCAUCAACAACCCAAGAUAAGUAGCUUACUGUGACAAUUAUUGUAAGUUUCUUGUAUACACCAGUACAUAUUUUUAUACUAGCUUUUAGUCUACAUAGAUUGUAGCAGAGGGGGGUUAUUUUUUGUACGGUGUUUAAAAGGUGUGAUUACAACUGUGAUGCAUCCUAACUUAUUUCUGUUUGUAAUUUUGGCAUCUUUCAAUAACUUGAGUGACUCUAGCAUGCAUAUAAGAGUUUCUUAGUUUCCUUGUAAAUUCUUGUAUAGUUUUGUUUUUAUGAUUUUCAUUUGGCAAGAGAACUCCUUUUCGUUAUAUGGCACCAGAGUCAGAUAGUAAAAUCUCCUUUUAGUCAAUAACUUUAAGAGCACAAAUCACAUAUGACAUGAGAUCAUAUUAUGAUCACCUUUGAUGUUAGAUAAUAAUUUGCUGAAAUGAUACAGUGUCAAACAAAGGAUUCUUUUUAAAAAUUCUUCAAUUCAUGGAGUGUCGCAAAUGAAUGAGUGAUUUGGAAUUAGUUGAUUGAUAGUUGCUGCAGAAAAGAACAGAUUAUUGCUCUGUAGAUAGUUAGGGCUGCAUCUAAUUUUCCACAAAGUGAUGUAAUGAUGCAAAAUGUAUGUCUGAUGAAGCUUGAUGUCUUCUUAUUUAUGUUCAUUGAUUGAUUUAUGCGGGCACGCACACACACACACACACACACACAGAAAAGAACAGAUUAUUGCUCUGUUGAUAGUUAGGGCUGCAUCUAAUUUUCCAGAAAGUGAUGUAAUGAUGCAAAAUGUAUGUCUGAUGAAGCUUGAUGUCUUCUUAUUUAUGUUCAUUGAUUGAUUUCUGCGCGCGCACCCACACACACACACACAAAGUGACUUUGUGACUUGGUCUGUCUAGACUCAGAGUGACAUCUAAAUUACUCUGAAGGACCGGUGAUACUUUAAUAACAGGGGAAAUUUGAAUCCUUUAGAAGCAGUGCAAAUGUGAAAUUUAUUUGAUUUGCAUUGCCAAGUAUGUAUCAACCGUAUGAAGAGAACACUUCUCAUUGGAGAUCAUGUGUUUGAGGUUGUUAACUAUUAGUGGUCCGAACCCUUGAGGUCUUGGUUAGGCCUUCCUACUUCCCAAGACUGCAAUGUCCUCUUGAUAGUAGAACUUCAUUUGACUAGAACUUGCUGAAGCAAAAGAGCCAUGGAGAGGGCAUCCUCAAUACCGUGUCAUAAGGACUUAUCCUGUUUUCCAUCUUUGAAAUGUAGGACUGUAAGGCCUUGUGUUGGCAAACAUGUCAGAAUUUUUUUCUUGCACUCAUGUCAUUGUUUUAGCUUGGCCAAUCAAUGGUGUCAACAGUGAUAAAAAAUAGUAGGGAAAACCUUUAUAACGGGCACUGCAAGUAUGAAAUUGAUUUGAAUUACAUAUCCCAUACAGUUGGUGUUAUUUGUACAUAUUUGCCUUUAUAAAGAACUACCAUCUCAUGGAA